UAAAACACCCGUUGACAACUGCACAUUCCUACAAAUUCUUCCGACCAUGGUCACAGUAAUGCUCGCAGAUCUUGACUCUUGCUAGACUUCGGCGUUUCCAUUGUUAACCCAAGCAUUUCCAUUACAACACAGCAGAAGUUCAAUCUCAUCCAUCUGUGGAUCGCUUCAAAGAGAAUUACAAGCAAGCUGUGAAUUUAUUUUGAUACUUUGAUCUGGGAUAGUAGGAAUCGAUAUGGAUGUACAUUUGAAGAAUUUGUUUGCGAAAUUUCAAGAACAAUUUGGUUCAGGUCCGGGACUCGGUCCCGGAUCAGGAGCGUGUCUUAUGAAGGUAGAAGGCAUUGCCCCUCCUUUCAUUAAGUCACUUUACAGAGCUUCAGCUGCUCUGUAUAGGACGGAUCCGUGGAAGCGAUUGCGUCCUGGUCAUCUUUUUGGUAUCCAGGUUGGGAAAGAUUCAGAUUGGUCAGGCAAGAAACAGCCUUUCCCUUGUAUUCAAUUUAUCGGUGGGGAUGGUGGGGAUUUAGGGUUUUAUAUGUUUAGGUCAGAAAAUGAUGCCCAGACGAUGACCGGCUCAAGGGAGACCAUUCGUGUUCCGAAUGUUGAGGUUUUGAGGGUGACAUAUGAGCUGGAAUCUUUGAUGUUUCCUUCGAUGAGAAGAAUGGUAAAGUCAUUAUCUUUGGAAAUGUCUGGUACUAAUCGUUUCCCUGUUGUUGAUGUUGCCCGUUGCACAUCAUCGGAUGGACUUCAGUUUAGAAAUCCCACCCUGGAAGAGCUUAAGUUUGUGUAUGCAGUCAUGAAAGCCAUUUCUUUAGUUCACCCAUUACUCCAACAGGAUAAGGAUGCUGGGCCAAAAUGGUCGACAUUGAUCUGCUUUGAGCCAUUCAUUGAAACCGUUGAUGUCCAAUGGCCGCCAGAAAUGGCUAGGAGUAGCGAUCUGGUUGCAGUGACGAUUUCACACCCACCUGGCCAGGGAUAUGAAGAAAAAACCAACUCAACGGCCAGCUCAACCCCCACAAAAUAUGCAGAGCUGCCUAAGGAGGAGUUUUUUGUGGAUGUGCAAGUGAAUUCAUUGGACACUUUGAGGCAGUGUGCAAUGUGCGAGAAAGAAGUUCAUGAAGAACAGUCCAUCCUUUGUGGCUGGUGUCAUGCAGUGGUUUAUUGUGAUUCUCUUUGCCAGAAGCAGCAUUGGAAGGAAACACAUCAAAGUAUGUGUUGUCAAUGAAGAUCUUCAUGUUCCCAUGUUCUGCUGAACUACCAUUUAGAUUGAACGAAUUAUUGGAAAUUCAUCAAAAGGCCAAGAAAGUGCGGUUGUUACUCCCACUGCCCUUUGGUCUACUUUCUGUUAAAGGAGGGCUUUGGGAUUCAUGUGCAAAUGCUAAACAAGUUCGUUGUAUUGCUGGACUGCAUAUCACCCUUCCUGUGACACCAAAUCCUUUCCACUCUCCGGUGAGAAAUUAUGGAUCUUCUAGCAAAAUUACUUCAUAUAGCUAUGGUUUUGUGCUUGGAGUAAAUACAAGAAGUGGGUACCACAAAAGACUAAACUAUAUUUUGUUAGUUGUACUUACCUACCAUAAAAUUCGGGAUGGUAAUUAUUUGCUGAUGAAAUAAUUGUGUGAAGUGUUUGUCAUUGAUGUGUCAAAUUUGUCAUAGUUGAAUUAUUUGUUGUUCCUUCAACCUAUUAUGUUAUGAAUAGAAUAUUUGAAACUUAUAGUCUGUU